GCUGUUGUCAUCGUUAAAUAACGAACUUUUGAACGCAUCUAUAACUUCUGUUUUUCUGUCUGUCAGUCAGUUGAGUUGUCACUCCAUUUCGCGCCAUUAUUUACGUUUCCUGUUUUUUUUCAAUCAACGUAUAUUUUAGUUUGUACAAGCUUGUAGCCUAUUUCUUGAAAUAAAUAGUAACCAACACUAUUUAAUUGAAAAGGUUUAAAAUAGACGUCUGUAUUUGCACAAUGGUCGGAGAGCACAAUGAAAACUUACUCUCAAAUAUGUUACCCGUGUAUUACACCAGACUGUUCCCACAAAACAUAUUCUGCCGGUGGUUGAGCUGCGGAAGUAGCCCUCAGCCUCUUUCCAACAGAGAGUUGUCAUUUACUUUAGCAGAUGAUGUGUAUUUGAGAUACUUGUCAAUAAGUAACCAGAAAGAAUUACAUACGUUGUUACUGAAAAAGUGCCCCUAUAAAUUGGAUAUAGGUGCUGUCUACAAUACGAAGCCAUCCAUAGCUCGGCAUGAUUCAAUAGUGCUUGCUAGAGAGCUAGUGUUUGAUAUAGAUCUCACUGAUUAUGAUGAAGUAAGAACUUGCUGCCAAGAAGCGAAAGUCUGUGAAAAGUGCUGGAAAUUCAUGGUUGUGGCUUGUGAGAUUGUUGAUAAGGCACUGAAAGAAGACUUUGGAUUUCAAAGCAUACUAUGGGUAUUCUCCGGCAGGAGAGGUAUACAUUGCUGGGUGUCAGACUAUGAAGCAAGAACCCUGGACAGUCCUGGUCGAGCUGCUGUUGCUGACUACCUCUGCUUGAUCAUGGGUGGUGAUAAUCAGAACAAGAAGGUCAACUUGGGAAGUGAGAACUUACAUUCAAGUAUCAAGAGAGCCUUAAAAGUAAUUGACAAAUAUUUCAAAGAACUACUACAAGAUCAAGAGUUUAUUUCAACUCCAGAAAGACUCAAGAACUUUUUAAAGUUAAUACCUGAUGAACAAUUAAGGUCUCAAGUGGAGAAAGCCUUACAAAAAAUGCCUGAAGCUUCUACAGAGAGAUGGGUGACAUUUGUCAAUCUUUAUGAAACUUAUUGUAGAGAAAAUAGCAACACUACUCGCAAAAUAAAAUUCCUGGUUGAAGAAAUUAAAAUUCAGUACUCUUAUCCCAGAUUGGAUGUAAAUGUCACCAAAGGAUUCAAUCAUUUGCUAAAAUCACCCUUCAGUAUUCACCCAAAAACUGGCAAAGUUUCAGUUGUAUUUAAGCCAAAUAAUGCAAAGAAUAUAAAGCUUGAUGAAAUACCUAAUCUUUAUACAUUACUUGAUGACAGUUCUCCAGAUAAUAUCCAGCAUCAAAAUAAUAUGAGAGCAGCUGUGAAAAGUUUCCAAGAAGUUGUGUUUUCUUUGGAAAAGGCUGAAGCUAUUAGAAGAAAAAAUGAUGCAAAUGUCUCAUUGGAAUUCUAAUCAGUAAUCAGAAUCACUCAUGGAU